AUGGCAGUGAGUGAAGCUGAGGGUGGAAUCCGAAAGUGGGACGAGGAGGAAGAGGUAAAGGAAAAGAAAAAGGAAGAAGAGGAAGCAACAGUGGAGGCACCUGAGGGAAAAGAGGCUCUGAGUUCUCCCAGACUGCCUCUUGGGGAUAAGGCCCAGGCGGAGGGCCCCACAGAGGUCAAGCCCAAGCUGCACCCCCUGCAGAACAGGUGGGCCUUGUGGUUCUUCAAGAAUGACCGCAGCCGGGCCUGGCAGGACAAUCUGCAUCUGGUCACCAAGUUUGACACCGUGGAGGACUUCUGGGCGAUGUACAGUCAUAUCCAGUUGGCCAGCAAGCUCUCUUCUGGCUGUGACUACGCCCUGUUCAAGGAUGGCAUUGAGCCCAUGUGGGAAGACAGCAGGAAUAAACGGGGUGGUCGCUGGUUGAUCAGCCUUGCCAAACAGCAGCGCCAUAGUGAACUGGAUCGGCUGUGGCUGGAGACACUGCUAUGUCUGAUCGGGGAGAGCUUUGGGGAACACAGCAAAGAGGUGUGUGGGGCUGUCAUCAACAUUCGCACCAAGGGGGACAAGAUCGCUGUGUGGACAAGGGAAGCAGAAAACCAGUCCAGCGUGCUACACAUUGGGCGUAUAUACAAAGAGCGCCUGGGCCUCUCUGCAAAGACCAUCAUUGGGUACCAGGCUCAUACAGACACAGCCACCAAGAGCAACUCCCUAGCCAAGAACAAGUUUGUGGUGUGA